CUCUCCAUCUCCAGCACACUCCCCUCAGAAGUAGCCCAAUGUCUCCAAAACGCACGAUUCGUACAUCUUCCCCCUCCCCACCAAUCUGCCACUCUCUGCUAACACGCCCAAGCUCCAUCUCGCAACAUGCACGAACUCCUUCCCCCACGUCUCGCUCAUGAACUACACCUACCUGCCCUCCUCACCCUACUCCUCCACGCCGACAAUAAUAAUGACCACCAACCCCUCGUCGAAGAAGACCCUCAACCUCGUCUCGAAUCCCCACGUCUCCCUCUUGGUCCACGAUUGGGUCUCGCACCGCCCACCAACGACCAACCGUCGGGAGUCCCGGAGCGGUUCCCCGCCCCCGGAAGCCUCGCGGUCCUCGCUGGCGGCGCUGCUGUUGAACCUGAAUACGAGCGCCAUGAGCAGUAUCAGCGCGACGAUUAAUGGGGAGGCGAAGUUGCUGGAGCGGGGUACGGAGGAGGAGGGGUACUAUCGGGAGAGGCAUUUGGAUAAUAAUACAUUUUCGGAGAAUGAGCAGGGGCAGGGUCAGGGCAGUUUUUGGGAUGAGAGGGAGAGGCAGGAUGGGGGGAGGGGGAUGUAUAUUGAGGGGGAGGAGGUGAGGGUUGUGGUUGUGAGGAUUACGGAUGGGAGGGUUAGUGAUUGGAAGGGUGGAGUUCGGGAUUGGAGUUUGAGUGGUUUGGAAGUGGAGAAUGAUGUUGGUGCUCAGGGUUUGGUCAAUGGCGUAUCUUAAGUCUCUAGGUUAUGGCUUUAGCUACAAUAAUAAUGCCUUGAUGAGCACGCGCUGCGAGGUUGCAUUAGGACCGUUCUGUCAGACGGAAAAACGAGCCUCUCGUCAAAGCCAAGCUCAGUCACGAAACGGCUACUCCGUCAUUUUAUCUGCGAUGUUUCAUCGCCAACAUUUCUCUCGUCAAGUAAUAUGCCUGC